AUGGAAUCUGACAACUUGAGACGUUUGGAGAAUGCACUGGUCAAGUUCCACUCGUACAAGCGGAACAACACCUCCAAAACGAACAUCCUACGUCUGUCGCUCCUUCCCUUUCUCAGAAACACCAGCGCUCCCUGGUCCGCGCACCGGCUCGAUGCGGUCGACAAAAGAUCCAGAACCCAGUUUCUGGAGCUCGCCGUCGUGCUUUUGCGCUGGUGGAAGGCGCUUUUAGCAGCAGUCAAGGAGCUACAUCAGAUGACGUCUAUCGACAGAAACUGCUACUUGGAGGCGAUUUCCAGAAUCGUCGGCCGCCAAGAAUGGCUAGAGAUCUCUAAAGACCCGAACUCUGAGAUUUACAAACAGCACAACACACAGCUACUCGAGACGUUCGAGUUCUGCAUAGCAAGACUCGAUGUGAAGAAUAUCAACCUGCCAAUCAACGCUUUUGUUGGGAAGAUCUUUGCCCACGCCUUUGUGAAGCUGCCCGAUCUCUCCCGCGGCAUCCUGUUCCUCCUAAACUCGAGGGUCAAAAAUUUCAAGGAAUACUACGACCUGAUGGUUCGAGAAAAAUCACCUCACCAGCCUGUUCCGGGCCGCGAUAAAAAAUACUUUGAGGACGUGAUCAACGCCACAUUGUCGCAUUUCCCACAACACCUUCAUCCACUCAUCAAGUCUGCCGAGCAGCCUCGUCAAACCAGGUACAAGCUCGAAAACAAGGUUCUUAACUCGAUCACACCGCCAUCUGCCAAAAUCACAGGAAUUAGCGACCCGCGCGGACUUUGGUGCACCAGAUGGUCGUCCCUCGAAAAUAUUGACCUGUUUUGUUCAUUUUUACGUCAUUAUCUCACGCUUAUCUCAUUCUAUGUGCAACAGACUAAAUCGCUUUCCGCUCCGGAAGUUUACGCCCUUCCAGGCUUUGCAUAUCUGAUUACUCACAUUUUCGAGAUUGUUGAUUUCCAAAUCUUCCAAGCCGCCCAACGCACAUGCAGCCAGUCCACAGAAUCGCAGGUCGAUAAGUUGCUGAAGCUGCUCCGCGACUUCCUGGCGAACGCCCGCCAUGAGUUCGAGCCUAGUCUCCGGAGCGGAGUUCUGAAGUGUUUUGACACUGUAUUCAAGCUGGUUUUCUACAAGACUACGAUCUUCCAAACAGAGAGAAUCGACCUCUGUUUCGAUAUAUGGGUCAGAUUUGUGAGAAGCAUAGACGAGACAAAUUCCUAUGCCACUCAGGAUUUGGAUUGGAAAUUCUGGAGCGAUACAAUUUUCAAGAUGCUCAACUCGGAGUUCAUCAACAGCGAACUCAAGGCGCUCUCUGUUUUGUAUCAGAUUUGGGAUUAUCUUCCAUCCAGCAAGCCACCACAGGCAGAUUGGGUUUCUGAUCCUAACGACACCCUGAAAUAUAACAUGAUAUUAUAUCUCACGAGUUCCGACAACUGGUCAAAGUUCUUUGGUCACUACUUGCCCUUGGUGAGAUGCUACUAUAUCACCUUGAUGGUUUGGAAAGUUUUGGGUUUGGAGUCUCUACAUCUUAGUGCCAAGGGCAGUUUUGCCGAUGUUAUGACAGGAAAGAAAGUCCAGGCGAUCAUACAGACACGUUUAGACCAGAGUUACAGUGUUUCAGAAAAGAUCCCCGUGGUUCCUACCGACCCGCUUCUGAACAAGAAGUUGGCUAUUGUGAGCGCAGGUCCUAGAGACGAUCCGUCAAAGAGAGACAUUGUCAGGUCGCAUCCUUACGAAAUCCUGGAUGAUGCAAUUUACACCUGUGCCAACCUGUCUGUGGGCAACUCGACAACUAGUCUCUCUUCUUCUGCCUCUUAUGCUUCUACAACGUCCAUGACGAGCAAGAGGUCGAAGCUAGCAAGCCACUGGGUUUCAAAGUUUUUCAAGAAGAAGGACAGCGACGUGGACUCCACACAGUCAGAAUCCGUGAACAUUCCUCCGCCAACGGCCGUGUCAGGGCAAUCGACAUUCUCCUCUCAAAGCUCGCUUCUUCCUCCAUCGACUUCCUCAUUGACUUUGUCUUCGAAGUCCUCAUCACCAAGCAUUCUUUCUUCCGCUACCACAUACAGUUCACCUCAGUCAUCGCUGUCUUCGGUAGAGUUUAUUGACACCAGCAACGAGCCAAACAACAGGCAAAACUUACCCGUUGAGCUGUUGAUGAGGCCUCCAGAACUGGGGAAACCAAUCUACAAGUUCCAGCUAGUGGUGAACGAGAACAAAAUCCACGAUUCUCUCAAACAGCUGCAAGACUUCAAUGUCACUAAGUUCAACAGCGAAGAGUCACCGUAUUAUAACGCAAGACCUAAACUUCCAGGACUUGGCCUAGAUAUUUGUGGUGGAAGUAUCUGCAGUGAUGACGAUAUAGACAUGGACUCUCAAGACUCAAGAAGCUUAGAUUUCCAGUUCAGAUCCGCCAUGCCUAUGGUCACAGCAGAACUCGCUCUCCAACCACUCCCUUUUAAGGCUACUUACACGAAUGCUGUCUAUGAGUACAACAAGAUUGCUCACGAGUUUGAGCAGUUUGUCAAGCAAAGACUCGAUUCUGCUUCUGGAACAAGUACUCCAACAGAUGCUGCACUAUAUUUAUUCAGCGACAGCCUGGCUGUCUCCAUUCCAGUGCUGCUUUCAGAGGCUCCCGAAAAGCCCAACGCGUACUGA